AUGAUCUCUUCAUAUAAUAUUGUUGGCCAGAUUCACAGAGGCUCUUCUGGCAUUGUAUAUAAGGCUACAGACUCCAAGACAAACGAAACUGUUGCUUUAAAAGUAGUUAAAAUGGAUCAAGAAGAAGAUGGUGUAACGGUUUCUUCAAUGCGUGAAGUAAAUGCAUUAAGAAAUAUGUCCCAUCCAAAUAUUAUUACAUUACGAGAAGUUACGACAGAAAAUGAACAACUCCUAAUAGUUUAUGAGUUCAUGGAUAAAGAUUUACGAGAUUUUUUAACAAAAUCCAGAAAACCACUCGACAAUUCAUUAUUACAAUCAUAUUCUUAUCAAUUGCUAUCAGGAAUCAACUAUAUUCACAGUAUUGGUUUCAUCCACCAACAAAUUGAACCGUCUAAUAUCUUGAUCAACAGGCAAGGUCUACUAAAGAUUUCAGGCUUUGGAAAGUCUAGGACCUACCACCACCCAAUGACAAGAAAUAUUUUAGCGAUUCCGGUAAUUUGGUAUAUGGCGCCAGAAUUACUUAUUGAAACAGAUUAUUACGGAUUAGGAAUAGAUGUUUGGAGUGCUGGAUGUAUAAUUGCAGAAAUGGUAAGAGGAAACGUUCUUUUUCCAGGUGAUUCUCCGGUUGACCAAAUUGUGCAUAUUUGCAAGGCUCUUGGUACUCCUAGCAAAGAAGAUUGGCCAGAGUUCCAAAGUGCACUAUCAGAUGACAUCACUUUACCUCAAGCCGAAAAUUUUGCAAGUUAUUUCCAAAAUAUUAAUCCAGAUCUCCUUGACUUACUUCAGAAGCUCUUAACGAUGAAUCCUUCAAAGAGAAUUACUGCAAAUGAGGCUCUUCAGCACCCAUAUUUCAAGAAUGUUCCUCAGGCACUUAUUGACUUGUGCUCAUAUGGAGCGUAA